AUGUCCAGCCACAGUAAUAACAAUGACAACCUUGCAGAAAGCUUGAGCCGGGAGAACGACUCAGCCGAGUUCCUCAGUGGUUUAUUCACAUACGACCCCAACUCGGCUUCAUUACUCAGUGAAUAUCUUGCGACACAAUGGGAACAAGCUUUUGGUACGCAGUAUCCGUCGCCCAGCGACGAGAUCUGCGGUGAAGAUCCUGAGAAUUGGACCGAAGUUAGCGCUGAGCCGGAAGGUCAAUCCUUAGGAGGCGAAUCGUCCAUACUUGGGGCUUCGCAAGACUCACACGCAGCGAGCCCCUCAGACGAGUCUCCGCAGCCUGAUCCCGAUGGAGAUGUUCCGGAUAAUUCUCGUCUUCGAGUGAUUCAGUACUGCAAUCCUGCAUCCCAUGCAAAGUUUCUCCGAUCGCCCAGUGCACCAAAAAUAGUCGGCAUCGAGCGUAUGACACAGGAAGACCUCAUGGCAAGCAUCAUCAAAUUUCCUCAAACUUAUGGGAGCCUUCAUACGUUGAAAAGAUACUCUGCGUGGGCAGCCGAGCAAGCAGGCCCCAGUGUCAAAAAGGAAGACAUCUGUCCGAAUUGCUUCUGGAAAUACAAUAUCUACUAUCGCGAACAUUCAACAAUGGUGCGAAAAAAGGAGAAAGAUGGCAAGGUAUACUGGACCGACGACUACAGCGCUGAGGCGGCUGAGGCCAUGCUCAAGGCAUCGUCCUACAAUCUCGACGAUGGUGAAAUAUACCACCCAGCGAGCAUAUCAACUCAAGGGAAUCCUGCUGUAGAAGCUUGGCUCGGAAAUCUAGGCAAGUCCGAACAGAAAUCGUCCCAACAGGAAGCGUCUGCUUCGUAUGGGUAUCCAGCCGAUCGGUCUGCCAUUCCGAUUUCGGCCAAUGCCUCUUGGACUAAUCCUUUCAAUAUUCAGGAGUUCGAGCCGCAGUCGUUUUACAAUCACGACUAUGUGGUAACAUCUCAUCAAAGGGGCGAGUCGUCUGAAGCGUUCCCUGGUACCAAGGAGUGGACUGAGGAGGAACCCCCCUGGAAUCCGAAUUCUCAGCAGCAAUCGCCUGAUGUCGUUGGGAAAUACGUCGAGCUGCCGCCCGCUCCGGCCAUGCCGAAUCCCAUGAGAAUACCGUAUUGCAGUCUGCAAUCACAUGCCCAGUAUCUUGUCUCAGAUGCUGGGCCAUCCACAAUGGGGAUCAGAGGACGAUCUGUAGAAUUUGCUGAGGAGAAGUUGAACUCGAUGCAUGAUGUCUAUGGUGGACCCAAAGUCAUACGGUGGUAUGGAAAGUGGGCGGCCGAGCAAGCAGGGGUGAAAUACAAGCCCAUCUGUCAGAAAUGUUACAUCGCUCACCGAGACUACUUCUUCCAAGGCGGGAAAUACGAAGGAACUUGUUACUGUAAUCCGGAUCCUACUGCUGGCCAGGACGAGAUGUAG